AUUAAAGAAGUUAAGUAAAAAAUUUGUGCUAAAAAAGAAAACAAAAUUAUGAAUAUAGUAGUUGAUAACACAAGUUAAACUUGUAAGGAUAUCUUGUAUUAUUGGAAAAUCUAGGGUCGUAAUUACUGUGAUACCAAAUAAAAAAGAAAGGAAAAGCAACAACCGUGAAUAUUUCUUUCUUACAGCUACACACAUAAACAAUAGAAUUGACCCUUGUGUGUUGUCUCUCUGAGAUUGUGGUGAGUAGCAUAAUGGAGGCACCGAAGCUGAAGGUAGUGACACUGAAAGCCAUCGAAGCAACUCCGUCAACCUUCAAAGAGUUCGGUCAGGUCGUGGAGGCUUCGCGAGACGGCCAGGAAUUCGGUCCCCACGAUGCUCAACUCGACCUUUCCCAAGGAACUCCAAGGUUCUACAUUAUCAAGCUUGAAAAAUGCCCGCUUAAGUUUUCUAGUAUUACACAUCAUGCAAUCGUGACUCAGUGCCUCGGGUCUAUCGGUGGUCAUGUUUGGUAUCUUGGAGUGGCCAAGUCAUCUGUUGUUGAUUCAAAUGAGAUCAAGGAUGACACAGGCAAGAAGAUUGUGCAGUCACGUUCUGGUCAUUCAUAUGUGCCUCCAGCCAUUGAGGAUGUCCAAGUUUUCAAGAUUUCAGGUUCCAAAUUUCUUAAGCUUAACCGGGGAACAUGGCACGCCGGCCCUCUAUUUAAGGCUGCUGCAAUGGACUUUUACAAUCUAGAACUGAGCAACACAAAUGAGACUGAUCAUACCACACACUACUUUAAGAAGGACGAUGGAGUGAUGUUUGUAAUUGACGAUUAACUUCAUAAUUUUAUCUAGUUUCCAGCAUUUCAACUGAUUCUGCAUGUUAUAUUAUACCAUUAACACUUUGUUUGGUUUGAGUGACUUAGCAGGGAGUGAUUUAAGUUGGAAGGAUUUAGGAGAGAUAUAAAUCAUUUCCCUUGUUGUUUGUGUGAAAUUACGAAGGAUAAAUUACAAAAAUCCGUUAUUUGGGACGGAAAUUGAAGAGUGCGAUAUGCAUUAUUUUGUUUUCA